AUGGAACCCCUCUCGCCGCCCCCAGCCCUAACACAUCUGUUCACUCUCCGGUGUGCCGUGGACCCUCCAAUCGAGAUCGGCAAUGGACCGUACGGUCGACGUCGCUGCGUACCCAUUAAAUCCGGUACUGUGCGAGGGAAGUACCUGAAUGGGGAGGUGGUUCCCGGUGGAGCGGACUUCAUGUUGGUUGAGGCGGAUCAAACAACACAUGUGAACACGAACUAUGUCCUGAAAAGUGAUGAUGGAGCUUAUAUUUACAUCCGGACGGAAGGAACUCGCUCUGGGCCUCCCGAGGUCUUGAAAGCCUUGAUGGAAGGAGACGGAGUGGAUCCCAACCAGUACUGGUUUCAUUUGCAUAUCAAGCUUGAGACCGGCCAUGAAAAGUACAGAUGGAUGAACAACCGGGUGAUUGUGGGACGGGCGACCAGAGCCAAGGGCGAGGUUGCAUAUGAUGCGUAUUUCUUGGAGAAUAUUGUUUGA